AUGGCCGAAAUUGGACUCGCGGCGAGCGUGGUUGCCAUCAUUCAACUCACAGCAUCAUGCUUGAAGCUCUCCAGGAAAUGGAUUGGUCCGUCUGAGUUCAGCUCGUCGGAGCUCACAACUUUGACCACCGCGCUGUACGACUUCAAUGGAGCAAUCAAGACCUUCCAGACCCACCUCGAGAUCCACGAAGACAACGAAGCAAGGCUUGUGAGCCUGGAAUACCUCGAAAGUGCCCUUUCGCGAUGCAGCCAGGCUUUAGAUAUCAUUAAACAAUUCAUAGAGAGGGGAGGACGGAUAAACAGAGUUGUGCUAGGACCCAAGUUUGAUCGCAAGUUGAAGUCGUCACUCACAGUGCUACAAGGAGCAAAAGAGCUUUUCAUGCUCGCAGUGCAGGCCGAUCAACAGUCAAUCUUACUCGGGGUUGAUCGCUACAUCCGUAAUGUCGCAGAAGACAGCCGAGACAUCCUGGCCGUCACUCAGCAUAACGAGGUCCAACUCGUCGAAGUGCGCAAGGCCCAGACCGAUCAGGCUUCGUCUAGAGAGAGACAAGCAGUCCUUGACUGGCUGAGUCGUUUGGAUCAUGCCUUUGUGCAGAGCGACUACUUCAAUCGCCGACAUCAGGGCACGUGGCAAUGGUUUCUUGAGUCAGCUACCUUUACCGAGUGGCUGGAUACAGGCUCGAAGACUCUGCUCUGUCUGGGGAUUCCUGGGGUAGGCAAGACGAUCCUCAUGUCAACUAUCGUGCACCAUCUGCAGGAGCAAUACCGUUCCGAUGCGUCGGUGAAGCUUGCGUAUGUAUACCUCAAUUAUGGACGUCAGGAUGAGCAAAGCCUAGAGCAACUUCUCGCAAGUCUCCUACAGCAGGCAUGCUGGCGCGAGUCGCAGCUCCCGGAUACUGUGAAGUCACUCUACGACCACCACAAGGAGAACAAAACGCGACCGUCCGUUGAUGAGCUCACAACAGCCCUACAAUUAGUCAUGACUUCGCACUGUCGCGUCUUUAUUCUUGUUGACGCACUGGACGAGUGCCAGACAGCUGAUGGGUCCCAGUCGACGUUCUUGAAAAUACUGACCAAAAUCCAGCAGAGCUCAACGGCUUCUGUCUUCUUAACCUCAAGGAUAGUUCCAGAUGACAUGCAUGAGUUUAGCGACGUGAAAUCGGUCGAUAUUUGCGCGAAUCGCAGUGAUAUGCAGGAGUACUUGAAUGGCCAGAUGUUUCGGCUGCCGCGAGUUGUGAGGCAAAAUCCAGAGCUACAAGAGCAAGUUAAAACUGAAAUACUCGGAGCUUCUGAUGGCCUGUUCCUGCUUGCUCAGCUCCAUCUUGAUUCGCUAGUGGGAAAGAAGUCCGUCAAGUCUGUCAAAGCUACUCUGCACAGCCUCGCGAAAGGCUCUGGAUUGUAUGACAACGCAUACAAUAUGACACUGGUGCGGCUUCGAGGCCAGGAUGCCGACAGCGUGGAGCUUGCCAGACAGGCCCUCUCAUGGCUUGUAUCCGCCAAACGACCGCUGACUACAGCGGAACUACAGCAUGCCCUGGCCGUGGAACAGGGCACAGGGGAACUUGAUGAAGAAAACCUGAACUCGAUUGAAGACAUUGUGUCAGUCUGCACCGGACUGAUCACUGUCGACAAGGACAGCGACGUCGUCCGACUCGUGCAUCGCACAGCCCACCAAUACUUGCAGAGCAUACGACAAGACUGGUUUCCACGGGCUGACAGAGACAUCGCAAUAACUUGCCUGACCUACCUCUCCUUUCCCAUCUUUGAAAGCGGGGCAUGCUCCACGGAUGACCAGCUAGAAGAACGACUUGUCGAGUACCCGCUACACAGCUAUGCCGCGCACAACUGGGCGUAUCAUGCCCGCAAAGACGACAUCCCAACGAAGUUAGUCUUGGGUUUUCUUCGGAGCAAUGCCCUUGUUCGAGCGGCGAAUCAGGCAACAAACUUUGACACCUCUCGUUGGAGACCUGGCUACAGCCAACGUAUCCCGAAGCAAGUCACAGGACUGCACUUGGCUGCUCGUUUUGGGAUGAAAGAGAUUAUGGAAAGCCUCUUGACGCAUGAAGGCGACGUGGAUCUAGGUGACGGACAGGGCCGCACACCGCUGUCGUACGCUUGCGGGCUGGGCCAAACGGAGUCGGUCAAGCUACUGCUGGCAAAGGGAGCCAAUGCGGUAUCCACCGAUAAAGAUGGCACAACACCGCUUCACUACGCCGCCAACAAUGGAUGUAUUGAUGUGGUACUGGCCCUGCUUGCAAAUGGAGCUCAGGUGGAUAGCAAAGGUCAUCUUCUUCGGACUGCCUUGCAUGAUGCUGCCGCCAGAGGCAAGACACGCAUCGUAAAGGUGUUACUCGGUAAAGAUGCCGAUUCUGAGGCAAUGGACAUCUGGGGCUGGACUCCUUUGAUCCACGGUGCAGUGAAAGGACAUGAGAAUACUGUCAAGGUGCUACUUACGGCAGCAGUGUCUCUCGACGCGAAAAGUCAGGGGAAUGGUCGAACAGCAUUGUCUUAUGCCGCAGGUCAAGGCCAUUCAAGGAUUGUCCGGCUUCUGCUUGAUGGCGGUGCAGGCGUCGACAUCAAGGAUGACAAGGGCCGAACACCGCUGACAUAUGCGGCGGAGGGCGGCCAUGUGGCUUCUGUCGAGAUCCUGUUGCGUUUCGGCGCGGAAACUGACACAGCAUCUGCCACAGGCCGCACGCCUUUGUCGUAUUCUACGCAUGCAAAGAGUCCGGAUGUGGCAAAGAUGCUGCUUUUAAAUGGAGCAGGCGUUGAUUCCAAGGAUAUAAAUGAAGAUACACCGCUAUGCUGGGCUGCCAUGCAAGGAAACGAAGAGACGUUACGAUACCUGAUUGCGCAAGGAGCAGCUGUCAGCACGAGCUGUAACGACGGUCGAACACUACUGAGCUAUGCUGCGACCAAUGGGCACGACCACAUCGUCAAGGUACUGUGUCAAGAAUUCAGACUCGAUCCUGACCAGGCAGACGCAUGGGACCAGACACCGUUGCUGCGAGCCGCGCGCGAGGGUCAUUUCAAGGUUGUCGAGGAACUGAUAAGGAAGACGGCCAAGCUUGACAUCGAGGACAAUAUAUUUGGCCAGACAGCUCUAUCGCACGCCGCCCAGUGGGGCUACACGUCGGUGGUUCAGUUGCUCGUUGAGAAUGGAGCCAACCCUUUGUCCGAGGAUAUGUUUGGUCAGACACCACUGGAUUAUGCCACCACCUACGAGCAGAGCGCUGUUAUAGAGCUGUUGCAGCAACGCAUGGGCGAGGCAACACCGCUGUCCUGA